AUGAAUCGACAACGCACUGGCAUUAAACCACCAAGUGUUGUAAGUGAUACCUACGUUAAUAUUUUUUUAUGUUUUUUCUCUUUAUUUUUAUAUAUCUUGCUUAUUUUUUAUAAUUAGCAGCUGGCUAAAACUCUUCUGAACGUUUCAUGUUUAUUUUACCAAUUUUUAGACUAGAUUUAUUAAUAUAUAUACAAGUUUAUUUGUUAUAGGGUAUAAAUAGAGGUUCAAGCAUGUCUAACUUAACAAGACCAACAAUAUCGAGCAGUGGUAGGACUACAAUAGCUGGUAGGACGUCUAGUGUACCACCAAAGGCGGCCAAGGCUACAGAUCAACCUGGUAUUCAAAGGAAACUAACGUAUGUUUUGUUAUUUUGUUUUGAAUUUAGGUAUUGGUUAUGAUGGAUAAUAUGUCAAUGUGUUGACGGAAAAUCUUGGGAAGUUUUGUGAAUUUUUAUGUAAAUUAAGUAGGAUAAAUAAUAAUCAAGCUUUUUAAGUUAGUUUUUAACAGGAAAAGAGGCUAUUUUACUAUGUUUUGACUUAAAUUUGAGGUUUAAUGGUCUAUGGUUAAUAUGAUUUGAAUGUUCUGACAGAAUACUUCCAACUUUUUGGAGAUUGUUAAAUUAAUCAAUUACCCAAGCCAGGACGUCGUUUGUGACCCAAGCCAUUAUAGAAUUUUUUAUACUGACCCAAGCCGUUACAGAAUUUUUUUAAAGUUUUUUUUAAUUAAUUUAAGGUAGAUUUUUUGUUAUUUUGCUUAAAAUUUUGGGCUGAAAACAUAAAAAUUGAUUUUGUUUUAGAUUUAUGUCAUCUGUACCUAAAAGGAAGCCUGUAGCUGACCCAGUUCACUCUGAAAAGCCAGUGCAGGAUGAGAACAAAGGAUUUAAACCUUCGUUGCCUAUGAAGUCAAACGCAAGCAGCUCAAACGCGGAGUUUAGGCCAAUGUCUUCAAUUGAUCUUGAUACACUUGUGAGGAACAAUCAAAAUGUAAGUUUUUGUAGGUUUCUGAAGGUUUUAUAAAUUUUGAAUGCUUUUAUAUAGUUUUUAUGAUAUUCUCAAAUUAAAUUCAUUUUGAUGUAGCCGAUAAAAAAAGGCGUUUACCUUAAUAUUUUAGGGCAUAACAAGGAUGACGGUGAUGAGUAUGGACUUUCGAGAUCCAGCUCAAAGACAGGCUUUCAUAGAGAUGAAGAAGAUCCUAAAACAAAGACAAAGCAUGGAUUUUAGAAAUAAACCACCAACAGUGUCAUCUGUUAGUAGUGUUGAAGGUAUAAGGUCGGCGUUGAGGAAUCAUGAUUUGAAUAGGCUGGAUGAUAGAAAUAAGAAUGUAAAGUUCGCUGAGCCUUCAAAGGUAAAAGAUUUUUCAAAUAAAUAAAGUAAUAUUUAAAAAAUAUUUUUUUUCUAAAUUUAAUUUUUAAAUUUCAGGAUGUAACUCCAACCUCUCGUCAAUUCCUACAAAAAGUCCAGAAUACACCAUCGAUACUUCAAACUCCUCAAAUGCCACGAAAAUCGGUUUAUAAUACUCCACGACGAUUCGCGUCAACAGUCAAUGAACGUCUGAGCGAAGGUGCUGAAUACGAAGAAUCUCCGCCAGAACCAACACCUAAAACAUUGGAUUUUGAUGAGGAUGAAAAUGAGAAUCCACUACCAGAACUUGUGAAUUUGAGUAUUAGUGGCCCUACGAAGAGUACUAACGGUACCAACAGUGUUACUUGUCCAAGUGGUGGAAAUUAUGGUGCUAAUGGUACUAGUAGUGGUAUAAGUAAUAUUACUAGUAAUGGUGUCAGCAAUGGUAUCAGUAGUGGAAUGAGCAAUGGCACUCAUACUGGUAUGAAGAAUGGUACUACUAGUCCAAUUAAUGGUACAAACGUCUCUAAUACUCAAAGUACCAGUGGCGUCACUGUUAUUAGUACGAACAGUACCACACCUGAUGAAACAACACCAGUGGCGAAUUCUGUGGAGAAAACGAAGAACUUGCUGUUGGAGUUCUCGGAAUCCUUCAAUUCGUUAACGUUUGCUGAAAUUCAACUUCUGAAGACGAAAUUGCCUCAAGGGUCAAUGAGUUCAUUAAAAACGGCUUUCGAAGUCAUUUUCAUGAAGUAA